AUGGCAAACAUAGUCUGGGGCAAUGGCUUUGGUGUCUUUGAGGCUCCGUGCCGCCUUGACUGCAGCAUCUUCCAAGCACCAGCUCAAAAUGGUCUCACAACCAUGGUCGGGCGUUUCUACACGUGGCUGAACACUCUCCGCACGGAAGUCGAGGCAGCUUCAGUCGGCGGUGGUACGGGAACCUGCGGGAUUCCUGGAGACCGUGUGACAUAUGUGAUGCAUCUGCUUGACACUUUUUUUCCUAUUAAUGGACGUGUUGACAUCUCAUGUCAUCCUGGAGACUACGCCAACAUACGAGACCCUGAUCCCGUGACCGUGCCAUGGGGUCCUAACAACCGGGACUUGAAGAUCAUCGAUGGGCCUGCAGCCCUUGGCUACAUAUUCAGCGUCGCAACGCCCCCUAACGGCGCCACCUACGACAACUAUCUUGUGCCGCUACAAGCAAUCUACAGUCGCUGCCUCUAUCUAGCGUAUAUUCGCAAGAUCGGGAACCCCGAGCCAGUCAAUAACGUUGGUGACCCCCCUGCCAUGAGCUCUUGUAUCUACUUCCGCGACGCAGACAAUCAAUUGUGGUUCCUCCUCGGCAGCACAUAUAUUCUCACAUAUGCUGUGGAUGGGUCUGAUACAGCCGAUCAUAAUGCCAAGAGACGCCUGAUGAAUGGCUGGAGACGAGAGCAGAUUCUUAACCCGGCGUUACAGUCAUACAAUCCCAAUCGCCGCCUUCCCCCAAUUCCUCAUGUUCUGCCACCUGUUCUGGAACUAGCUGUUGCCGAGGCUAUCUGGAAGAGCCUUUUCAAUACGCCCCUUGGAAUUGAUAAUGCUAUUACCUACAACACAAAUCUCCCAGCUCUGGACCCCUGGAUAACUGUGCCCGAGAAUCUCGCAGAUGCCCAGUUCCAGCUCGUUAGGACAGCGGUGAACGCUGCGUGGAGGGCUGUCCCGAACCCUCAAGAUCUUGUGCCCUUCCCCCGCACAGGACACUGGGAUAGGGGCCCAUUCAAGAAUGCCCUGCGCGCAGCGCUAUUGAACGUUGUGCGGCUUCGGUGGGAGUUAGGCAUUAACCGCAAUGAUAUUGCUAUACAGGCUGCAUACAGACAGGUGUUUGACAUUGUGUUUGUUCCAAGGAUGUUCCAGCCCACUGCGAAUAACAAACCUAACACUCUACUUCCGGAAUUCGAUCCUGGACAAGUUCUACCGAAUUACAUGGCCCUGAAAGACACACUCUUCGCCACUCUCUAUGGGCCCGCCAACACAAGCCCUGUUCUUCGCAUGCUGGAUAAUUUAUAUACCUGGGUUAACAAUGGAAAUGACUACCUUGCAUUUGCAGGGCCAUCGGUUCAAAGGUAUGGCCGUUGUGCAGAGACAUACCCUAUUGCAGGCCGCAUUACACACCAGAACGAGCUCUUCCAGGUGCACCCAAUCCAUCCCAAGUUCGCGGAUUCGCAAUGGAGGUCAGGAAGUUUAACAAUAGUGUCGACGGAAUAA